AUGGAGAAGGAGGCCGGGAAGGUUGUGGUGUAUACGACGAACCUGGGCGUGAUUCGUCGCACGUAUCAGGAAUGUAUGAAGGUGAAAAACAUUCUUCGGACCUUGUUGGUGAAAUUCGAGGAGAGGGACAUAUAUCUGAAUCCGGAAGUUCAGACGGAAUUGAGGGAACGCCUGGAGAUUCCAGACUCCAAUUCCAUCUCCGUUCCUCACGUCUACGUCGAAGGACAAUGGCUUGCUGUACGUUCAAUCCAUUCCUUCUCUCUUUCCUCGUUCCUUCUAGACGGAAUCUAA